AUGAUGCUUGACGAUAUAAGAUGUACUUGGCUACCGGACAGCGGAGACCAUACACGGCUUCUAGACGGUCCUCCGCCGCACUGCUCUGAGACACGGCCACUUGAUAUUUUCACAUCAGCCACGCCAUCUGAGCGCUGGAUUCAUUCAGCAAUGCAUUCCACAACCGGAUCUUCGACCCCCAGCAGCAGGUCUGGCUUCGAGGUUCUCGACCCACACACUCCACAAUUAGAACGGUCUACCUCAGAAGAUGUCGCUAUCGUGGGCCUUUCAUGCCGCACUGCUGGUGGGAACAACACACCUGAUAAACUUUGGGACUUUCUUUUAAAUAAGAAAAACGCAUCUGGCGAAGUCCCAGCACAGCGAUGGGAGCCAUGGAGGCAGCAAGACCCUCGAAACGGCAAGAUACUUGACAACAUCAUUCGUAAAGGCUACUUUCUUGAAAACCUCGAAAACUUCGAUGCAGCUUUCUUCGGCAUCUCGCCGAAAGAAGCUGAGCUCAUGGAUCCUCACCAAAGGCUGGCAUUGGAGCUCGCAUGGGAAGCCUUGGAAAAUGCCGGCGUUGAUCCGAAGAAGCUCGCUGGGAGCGAUACAGCUGUCUACAUGGGUGUAGAUUCAGACGAUUAUUCUCGGAUGCUGAUGGAGGAUCUUCCUACCAUCGAGGCUUGGAGCGGUAUCGGUACCGCAUACCACGGCAUCCCAAACAGGAUUUCAUAUCACUUGGGACUGCAAGGGCCCAGUACAGCAGUCGAUGCAGCUUGCGCAAGCUCACUCAUCGCCAUCCACCUAGCCCGUCAAGCUAUUGUAUCCGGAGAAAGCACUGUUGCCAUCUGCGGUGGCGUUAAUGUCAUCUGUGCACCUGGUCUAACACACAUGUUGGAGAAGGCGGGCGCAUUGACCACCGAAGGUGUCUGUCGCUCAUUCGACGAUGCCGCGUGCGGGUAUGCACGUGGUGAAGGCGGCGCUGUUGUUGUGCUCAAGCGUCUCAGCGCUGCGAUCGAAGACAACGAUAACAUUCUUGCCGUCAUGAAGAGCUCUGCAUCUGCUCAGGACGGCAAGACAAAGGGCAUCAUGGCACCCAACUCAAAGGCCCAAGAGCUUGUAGCUAGGCAGGCGCUCGCACGGGCCGGCAAUAUCGACCCGCAUACCAUUGACUAUGUUGAAGCGCACGCGACUUCAACUUCCCUCGGAGACCCAACAGAAAUCAGCGCCAUUGCUCAAGUGUACGGUGCCGGGCGCUCGUCUGACUCACCUUGUUAUGUCGGUUCCAUCAAGCCAAAUGUUGGACAUCUCGAAGCUGCAGCUGGCGCUAUUGGCUUUGUUAAGGCAGUGCUUAGUGUGCAGAAGGGCGUCGUCGCCCCACAGACGCUGCUGAACAAGCUUAACACUAAGAUUGAUUGGGCCAGCAGUGGACUGGAGGUUGCCAGAGAACAGAAAGCAUGGCCGGAGCGCGAUCUGCGGAGAGCAGCGGUGUGCUGUUACGGUUACGGAGGGUCAGUCUGCCACGCCAUUCUCGAGCAGGCCCCCACGAGAUCGCAUCGUCUUGGAAGGCUUCAGCAGAUCCCAAGCACCGGCCUGUCUCCAAAUUCAGAUACGGCCGUUGUUCUUACACUAUCAGCUAUGCAGGAGAAGCGCCUGCCCGCUCACGCUGCUUCGCUAGCACACUGGCUUAGUUCUCGCGAUGGCAUGUCUGAAGACCUCCGUGCUGUUGCGCGAACAUUAUCUCAACACCGCGCUGCACAUGAUUACCGCGUCUCAUUUGUGAUACCUAUCAACGGUCACGAGGAUGCUGUCCGUAGUCUGACAGAUUUUGCAAAAAGCAGACCAGAUCCAUGGACGACAAGCAACCGUGUGCUUGACAACGCAAUGCAGAAGGGAGUUGUGUGGGUUUACUCCGGUCAUGGUGCGCAAUGGCCUAACAUGGGAAUGGAGUUGCUAUGCAACCACACCUUUUACUACACUCUUUCCUCGUUGGACCCCAUUUUCCAGAAAGAAGCAGACUUCUCAGUCAUUGAAGCAUUGGAGACAGGCAACCUAGGCGACUCAGCGAGGGUACAGAUAUUGACGUACGCUGUACAAAUCGGUCUCACAGCAUUACUCAAGUCGCAAGGAGUUAGACCGCAGGCUAUCAUCGGACAUUCCGUGGGAGAAAUCGCGGCUGCCGUUGCUGCUGGCUGCUUGACGGCGCACGAAGGCGCCAUUGUUGUUUCGAGGCGAGCAAAGCUUUAUGCACGUGUCCAAGGCCAAGGUGCGAUGGCUCUGGUUACAUCACCGUUCGAAACGGCAGCGCAACAAUUAGUAGGAAGGGUCGAUAUUGUUGCCGCUAUCAAAUCGUCGCCAUCAACUUGCGUGGUCAGUGGUACGACUCAGGCUGUUGAGCGGUAUGUUGAGCGUCUUCAGAAGCAAAGUAUCAAGUCUUGGAGAGUACAGACUGAUAUCGGUUUCCAUUCACCGAUGCUCGGGCAGCUUGUGUCUGCACUGCAACAGAGCUUGGGUCAAGAUAUCAACCCUCAACCAGCAAUCUUACCAAUCUACUCGACCUCAGCUUCAGAUGCGAGAACCACAUCACUGCGUGGUAUUGAAUACUGGACGAAGAACAUGGUAGAUCCUGUCUGGCUUGUCGAUGCUGUCGACGCCGCUGUGGAAGAUGGCUUCCGUGUUUUCAUGGAGAUCUCCACUCAUCCAAUUGUCUCUCAUUCUAUCUUUGAAACAUUAUCCGCUCGGUCGAUCGAUGAGUGUGCGACUUUCGGCAUCAUGAAAAAGGACGUUUCCGCUGAGCACAGUAUCUUGAAUGCUAUUGGUCAGCUGCAUACUCUUGGUGGACAAGUCGAUUUUGGUGCCUUGCACGGGCAAGGUCCUUGGUCGACUAGAGUGCCCAACACUCCCUGGGUACACAAGCCUUACUGGAAGACCAUCUCCAUGGGUUCCAGGUCUGCUGCCCAGCAACACGACGUUGAUACACAUACAGUGCUCGGUGGUGUGAUGGAGAUCGCGGGCAGCAACACCAAAGUCUGGACGACGACUUUGGACGGUUCGACAAAACCGUACCCUUUGACGCAUCCACUCGACGGGACUGAAAUCAUCCCUGCAGCAGUCUACUGCAAUACCUUUCAGCGAGCCACAGGCGCAACCAUUCUCAACAACUUGGAGCUCCGAGUCCCAACGCCAAUGGCAGCCGAUAAGCGCGAGCUCCAAAUUGUUGUUGAGGGGGAUGAGGUUCGCCUGGCCUCUCGUCUCAAGGAAGAAAUUACAGGUACCACCCAUGUUGAUCAUGCAUGGGUCCAGCACAGCGCAGCCAGAUUCACAGAUACCGACAUGUCGUCUCAUCAGCAAACACUCUCGAUCUCCGCCAUCAGAAUGAGGAUUGGCACUCAGCUGCCAAACAGCUUCGCAUGGGACUAUCUACAGAGCAUUGGUGUGUCCGGUAUUGCGUUCCCGUGGGCUGUGCUAGAGCACUUCGGCAACGACAAGGAGAUGCUCGUUAAAAUGGAUAUGGACCCAAGCUCACAAACUUUGACUUGGGACGCACAAAGUUGGGCUCCUUUCCUUGAUGCGGCGACAUCAGUCGGAUCAUCCAUCUUUUUCAAGAGUGUCCGAAUGCGUAUUGUCAGCGGCAUUGAUCAAAUCUUUUUCCUCUCCACUGAUAUUCCUCCCAAGGUUGGGUAUCUAUUCAUCGAAGAGAGUUCCGAGGGCGAAAACCUGAAAGCCAACAUCAGUGUUUUGAGUGAGGAUGGAUUGCUUCUCACCAAGAUCAAGGGUAUGCGUUUCUCGGACGUCGAGGCAGUCAGCGACAAGAGCAAGGGUGUAGAUUCAUUGGUACACCGUCUGACAUGGGUACCGCCAAAGUUCUCCGAGACGCCGUUGGUGAUGAAUAACGUUGUCGUUGUGUCUGCCGAAAGCCCGAUUCUCGACAAUUACGUCAAUACUCUCGAAAUUGUAGCCAAGAGGGUCGUGACGGUGCCAUCUAGCGCAAACCUGGCUGAGCCAGAAAUCAAGACCUUGUUGGAGCAGAAGAACGCUAUUGCCAUAUACCUGCCCGGCGCAGUCGACAGUGCGGACGAGAUAUCCAAGAAAGCACAUGCAUUUACCUGGGAAACAGCGAGAAUUCUUUCCAUUCUCGCAGAGAUUCCCAGCGCACCAAAGCUCUUCGUCAUUGCUGACAGCGCAUACAAAAGCCAGUCACCCACAUGCCUUGCCCAGUACCCUCUCUAUGGUUUCUCUCGAGUGGCAGCAUCUGAGUACCCAGAUGUGUGGGGUGGCCUCAUCGACAACGAAGGACCAGCAUUCCCCCUGCUUCCUGUGAAGUAUGUGAAGGAGCAGAGCGUGGUGCGUGUACAGGAUGGCCUUCCUCGUGUGGCUCGUCUGCGACCUUUUGCUAAAGAUCAGCAUCACAACGCGCAGACGAAGGGUCUGUUACCUCAACCACACGGUACGUACCUGGUCACUGGAGGUUUUGGUGAUCUUGGUCUGGAAGUGCUGGAGUUUCUAGUACAGAAAGGUGCUCGAAGACUCGUCGUUGUGUCGCGGCGUGGUCUUCCGCCUCGCAGAGACUGGCCGUCGGCUACGGGCUCCAUGGGCGCAGUGGUGAAGAAGAUCAGCAAGCUCGAGAGCCUAGGCGCUACCAUCCAUGCCCUUGCAAUCGACAUAGGCUCUCCAUCGGCGUCCACCGAGCUUUCUGCAGCGCUCGAUCGGCUUUCACUCCCAUCAGUACUAGGCGUUAUCCACGCUGCUGGCGUCUCCGGUUACGGCUACAUCAAAGACUCCACACACUCCGCCUACUUGGAGGUCAUGGGGCCCAAGAUCCAAGGCGCGUUGAAUUUGCACAACGUCUUCCCCUGUGGUACUCUCGAUUUCUUCGUCCUCUUCUCUUCCAUCGGCCAGAUCCUCGGCACGCCUGGCCAAUCCGCCUACGCUGCAUCCAACGCCUUCCUCGACGGCCUUGCAACGCACCGCCGCUCGCAGGGCUGCAACAGCAUCGCAAUACAAUGGACCGCAUGGCGAGCGCUAGGCCUGGCUUCGGAUACUGCGCUUGUGGACCUCGAGCUGCAAAGCAAGGGUGUCACGGAUAUUACGGUCGAGGAAGGGUUCCAGGCGUGGAUGCACCUGUCCAACAUCGACACCGAUCAUGCGGUUGUGACGCGCACGCGCAUACUGGACGCUGGCGAGCCGUUGCCGUGCGAGCUCAUCGCAGAUGUCGUGCAACGGCGCGCUGCACCUGCUGCUGUCUCUGCCACGUCUGCUGCUGCCCCGCAGGUUGCAGCGAAGCCAAGAGCAGGACCAGAGCUUAAGGCGCACCUCAACGCCGAGAUCAAGGGAUGCUUGUCGCGCGUCUUGCAUCUGGGUGUUGAGGAAAUUGAGGAUCGUUCUGCAAUUGCUGAUCUGGGUGUCGACUCUGUCAUGACUGUUGCGCUGAGGCAGCAGCUGCAGAAAGCUAUGGGGAUUACGGUACCGCCGACGCUCACGUGGAAUCAUCCUACGGUUGGACAUCUGGUGGAGUGGUUUUAUGAGAAGGUCGAGAGAAGAGAGUGA